GUGAGGCACUUUGAUAAAAUCAGACUGUCAGCACCGAGUGGAGUCACAGAGAGCUGCGCCACUGUGAGGCAGGACACGCCACGGUAGUACCGUUACUGAAGACUGGACCGGGUGAAUGCAGUCCUCAACGUAGGACACUGCCGCAGACGUUUCCCCAUCAUUUUCGGAGAUAAGAGGACGGUCAGAGUAAUAUUCAUCCACGCAGGGAAGAGGAAUUUGGCUCACCACAACAUUUCCGUAAUUUGCGGGAAGAAAAAUCCUAACAGGGGCCAGGGGGACACGUUCAGACCGCGUUCAAUAGCUUUCGAUAGCUAUCCGAGUGUGAAUGCACAGCUCUCAGUUGGAAAACUCCUUAUUUCUUUGAAAGUGUUGACAGUUUUACCAUACGGCCGUUAUUUUGUGUAAAGCUGUGUGGGAAGCCGCCUGUCCGCCAUGGAGAACGCACACACGAAGAGUGUGGAAGAAGUUUACAGUUAUUUCUGCGUCAAUGAAAGCACAGGACUUUCCCUGGACCAGGUGAAACGUCAGAGGGAGAAAUGGGGCCUAAACGAGUUACCAGCAGAGGAAGGGAAAUCUUUGUGGGAGCUUGUCCUUGAACAAUUUGAAGAUUUACUUGUUAGAAUUCUUCUGCUGGCAGCAUGUAUAUCUUUUGUCCUGGCCUGGUUUGAGGAGGGAGAAGAAACAAUCACAGCUUUUGUGGAGCCAUUUGUAAUUUUACUCAUUCUUAUAGCCAACGCCAUUGUCGGUGUGUGGCAGGAACGCAAUGCUGAGGAUGCCAUUGAGGCGCUUAAGGAGUACGAGCCUGAGAUGGGGAAAGUGUACCGGCAGGACAGGAAAACUGUGCAGAGGAUCAAGGCCAGAGACAUUGUGCCUGGUGACAUUGUAGAGAUUGCUGUUGGAGAUAAGGUGCCUGCUGACAUUCGGAUCUGUUCAAUCAAAUCAACAACUCUGAGGGUAGACCAGUCCAUUCUGACGGGUGAAUCUGUCUCUGUCAUCAAACACACCGACCCUGUGCCAGACCCCCGUGCUGUCAAUCAGGACAAGAAGAACAUGCUUUUCUCUGGUACCAACAUUGCUGCUGGGAAGGCCGUGGGUGUGGUCGUGUCCACUGGUGUUAACACAGAGAUCGGUAAGAUCCGUGAUGAGAUGGUGGCCACCGAGCAGGAGAGAACGCCCCUGCAGCAGAAGCUGGAUGAGUUUGGCGAGCAGCUAUCCAAAGUCAUCUCCCUCAUCUGCAUCGCCGUGUGGAUAAUCAACAUUGGCCACUUCAACGACCCCGUCCAUGGGGGGUCCUGGAUCCGCGGGGCUGUCUACUACUUCAAGAUCGCCGUGGCACUGGCUGUGGCCGCAAUCCCUGAGGGUCUUCCUGCUGUCAUCACCACUUGCCUGGCCCUGGGCACUCGCCGCAUGGCCAAGAAGAAUGCCAUUGUCCGUAGCCUGCCAUCCGUGGAGACCCUGGGCUGCACCUCUGUCAUCUGCUCUGACAAGACGGGAACCCUGACCACCAACCAGAUGUCUGUCAGCAGAGUGAGUCUCACAAACACACACACCUAG